CCGGCUCAUGACCUCCGGCCCGAUUCGCAACACUGGCCGGGGGAAAAGUGCUCUUUCCCAAGGAUAGCAUUAGCAUCAAUUAAAAAGGUUCCUUUUUCCUCUUCUUUUCCGUUCUCAUCAUUCUAUUUCUAUUUCUUUUUGACUUUUGCAGUGCUGAAUUCACCCUUUGAUAUCCAUAUUAUCCUUUAUUUUUGAAAAUUGCGUUUUUGAAUGGCAGCCUUCUUCAGAUUCUGGACGCGGCAGGCCGAAGCACGGCCCUUUGUCACAGUGGCGGCCACCGAGGCGUGCCUGUCCGCAUGCGGCGACCUGCUUGCGCAGACAAUAGGCAUGCACAUAUCCAAAAAGGCCGACGACCCGCAGCCAUCCAAAGGGUACGAUCUCUGGCGGACCUCCCGAUUCGUGCUCUUCUCCACAUGCGUCUCCCCACUGGGCGUACGCUGGCACCGGUUCCUCGACCGGCGGUUCCCGAUCCGGUCGCAAAACACGUCGGAGCAGGGCCAGGCUGCGCGACAAAUCGGCAAGCGUCUAAUCUACGACGUUUUGCUUUACGAGCCCACCAUGUACGCGCUGUUCUUUGGGUCAAUGGCGGUGUUGGAGGGCGGCGGGAUCACUGACGUGAAGUAUCGUAUUGGCGCGCUUUUUUGGCCGACUUAUACUACGGGGCUGAUGAUUUCGCCGAUUAUUCAGUCGGUCAAUUUCGCAUUUGUGCCGCUUAUUUAUCGGGUGCCGUUUGGGAGCUGCUUUGACCUGUUCUGGGACUCGUAUUUGAGCUGGGUCAAUAAUGAGAAGUUAGCCAUGAUAGAGGACAACGACGGAGGUGGAGGAGGAGGAGGAGGAGGAAGGGGAGAGCUGGCUGAGACAGAAGAAGUGAGUAUUGCCAGUGGCAUUGUCCUGGCAGACGCUGCAAAGGACAACUAG